AUGAAUCCAAGUCGCGUCUUUGUCUCUGUAACAGCUAGAGAUCUUGCAGCAGCCUUCACAAACGUUCCAGCCAUCUCUGUAAGAGAGGCAAGGUCAAGCCCGACGACCUCGAAAGCAAGACCCGAGUCUCUAGUCAAAUCUGGUCUGGAAGAUGUGUCUAGCUUAGGCAGCCUCGACAACGAACUCAACUCAUCUCAGGGAUCAACGGUCAUAGCGAUAGCUCCCUAUGCCCCCCACGCGAGCACAAGCAGCACCACUCAGCCAUCUCCCUUCUCAAGCAUUUCGAAGACAGCGCCAACGCUGGUCGCAAAAACCUCGCCGCCCAGUACGAAAUCAGCCAGAACAACUGGUAUAAUCAUAGGCAGUGUGUUUGGUGGGCUAGCUCUGCUCCUGAUGGUCACUCUGGCGGUUGUCUACGUAGCCUGGCGCAGGCGGCACAUGCGACGAGACGAGACCGGCACAGAGGAAGCAGGCCAGCGACGCUCCAAAGAAGUCACGGACGGACCAAGCAACAUCUCAGGGAAACCGAAACCAUCAACGGACGACGCUACGGCCCAGUCUCUCCAUACAGCCGCAUCUAUCACUCUCCGGUCACAGCCCAUCAUCGUCGACGCCACCUCCCCCAUAUCCCCCAUCCUCCCACACCUAUCUCGCUGGACCUCGGAAAAGGCAGACAUCCUCUCGCCGGUGGGCCACCCUGCCAUCCCGCCACACCUGCAAAAUCACCCCCUCUUCGCCACCACAGCCCAGGACCAGUACCAUCAGGACGGCCCGCAGGACCGUCCCAGCCACAGCUACCAACACGACGGCGACCGCCCCGGCUCUUCAUCCGCUGCCGCCGCCCUCGCCCCCGAGCCGCCCAGCUUCCUCUUCGACAGCCUGUCGUCGCGGUCGAGCAGGCGCUCCUCAACGCAUGACAGCUCGGCGCCGCGCACGGCCCUGAGCAUGCCGCCGCGCCGCCGGCACACGAAGGCCGGCGGGCAGGGCGGCGAACACGGUGCCAGGUCGAGACGAGGCUCGACGUCGUCUGCAUCUGGUGGAGGAGGCGGUUUGGAGGGUCUUACGAGGCCGCAUACGCCGCCUCCGCCACUGCCUGUGAGGAGCGCUGCGAGGAGCAGGAGCUUGCAUUGUGCUGAGGGGCCGGGAACGUGGAUCUGA